AUGCAGCUGCUCCAACGCCGUCGCAACAUGAGAGAGACACUCACCAACGCCAACCAUGCGCCGCUCCCACCGGAGAACAUCAAGAACAAAGCGCAUCAGGCGGAAGAGGGGGAGACUGCGCACGAGGCGGAGGGAAUUGAGCGGGAGGAGCCGGAACAGCAGGAACGGGGGGAUGCUGCCGCUGAGGAGGGUCCGAACGGGGGAGAGCAGGAGAGGGUGACAGCGCCUGAGGAGGAGGCGCGAGGAGUGCCUCAGCAGACGACGCGGGAGGAGGCGGCGGUGGGAGAAGAGACGCGGUGGGGGGCGGAGGCAAUGGCGGGGCUGACGACAACGGAGGCGACGGUUGGAGGGGGAGCGGGUGCACUCCUGCUCCGCACGACAGCUGCUGGGACGAUUGAGUCGACUGGGCCGGGGAGGGGAGAGGGGGCGCAACGGAGUCGUGGGAACGCUGGGACUGCUGAAGAAGGGGGCCAACUACCUCCCGCUGCACGGCAGAAGAUGGUCGGGGCGGUCGUCGACGGCGAAAGGAGCCGCCGCGGGCCCGAAGGUGGGGAUGAAUCCGCCCGCGAGGUGAACGAUAGAUCGGCUCCCGGUGACGAGAAGGGGAAUCGGCCUCCUCGUGCGCGACCAGGGCAGCAGCGGCUCGGAGCAGGGCUGGCGCCAGGCCGGCCUGAGCCUUUGACGGGCUGGGAACAACAGGAGAGACACUCGACCGCCUCCCAUGGGGAGCGGGGCGUUGCUUGCCCGCCAUCGAACGAGAGUGUGCAGGCACAAGAGGGCACAGGAGGGGAACAUCAGCCGAUGGAUCAUAACUACAACGAAGGAGAAGAGGAAGGGAUCACGUCGGCGACGGGAAACCACGACGCCUAG